UUCAAUAGUCAGCAGCAUGAACAACAACGAUAAAGAGCAGUAUUCGUUUACUUCUCCAAAUCUGCUUAAUUUAAUAGCUAAAGUAGGAAUUCUAGCUAGUACAUUAACACUUGUAGGUAUUCUACUAAUAGUUCCGAUGAUACUGUUCCAGGCUAAUCAGUUGAGAUCAAAUAUAGAGAGAAGAGCCAUUCAAUUUAAGCAAAAUUCGGAUCGAGCCUGGAAGCUAAUGAUAAAUGAAAAGAUGAUGAUUCAAAGUGAAGCUGAAAAAGAAGACGAAACUUCAAGCAGGUCCUUUAGAUCACCACGGCAUCAACAAAGUUGUCAAGGCUGCCAUUCGUUGACUUGUCAGACAGGCUUGCCGGGACCGAGUGGACCCGCAGGAACUGACGGAUCACCUGGAGAUGAAAACAAGGUCCAACAGGAGAAGAUGGUUUUGAUGUUCAAUUACAACCAGAAGCAGAUAUGCCUUGUAGGCCCUCAAGGUGAAAGAGGGAUGAGUGGAGAGCCAGGCACUUAUGGAGAACAAGGUCCACCGGGCAAAAGUGGAAUUGAUGGCCCUUAUGGAAGGGAAGGACCUCCAGGCAAUGUGGGAAUAAAAGGCCCAUGUGGAAGGAAAGGGCCAAUUGGUGACCAAGUUAUUUCUGACACUGGUCUGCCUGGAAAGCCGGGCCCUGUUGGUCCGCCUGGACCCCCGGGAGCAAAUGGAAUUAUGGGAGAAAAUGGAAUGGUUGGAACGCCUGGAGAACCAGGAGAGCCUGCAAGCUAUUGCCCUUCGGACUGCGGAGUCUCACACAUAAAGGCGCCGAGUUUUGCAAUGGAAAUGAGCGAACCACCAUCAUCUCCUUCCUAUAGCAAUCGGGAAAAGCCUGCAACAGAAGUGCUGUUUCGACGUCGGAAAAAGAAGCAAUAG